AUGGACGACAUGGACACAAAGGAAUUCCUUCCAGUGCACCUUAUCCUGGGAGUGUGUGACUAUAACAAGAUCAAGACUGAGACAGCACCUCUUAUUGGAGCCACGAACGAGCCUAUCGCGGAAAAAACCAAGUUUGGAUGGACCAUUAUUUCACCAGGCAAGGAAGUGGAUCUGUCUCCAAUGUUCCUGACUCAAACAUCAACAGUGGAUUACAACAACUUGUGCAGAUUGGACGUACUUGGACUCGCAGAUUGUGCAACUGGUGAUCAAGAGGAGGUGUAUUCCGAGUUCAAGGAGCAACUUAGACGAGAUGAAGAGGGUUGGUACGAAACUAGCCUUCCAUGGAAAGGGAACCACCCACCUCUACCAAGCAACGAAGCAGGCAGUCUUCACAGGUUAACCGGCCUCGUAAAGAAGCUGCACAGCCAAGGAACAAUAGAGCGUUACGAUCAAGUGAUCCAAGACCAAAUCAAGACCGGAAUAGUCGAGAGAGUUGGCGGACCUGCAACUGGGCAGCACGAAUUUUACAUCCCUCACAAGGCAGUGGUACGUGACACAGCAGAAACCACCAAGCUUUGUGUAGUGUAUGAUGCGUCAGCACGGGCCUACUCUGGUGCACCAUCGCUAAAUGAGUGUUUAAAUCCUGGUCCACCUCUUCAAAACAAGCUCUGGAGUGUCCUUGUUCGUUCACGAUUUCAUCCAGUUGCAGUGACAGGAGACAUCAAGCAAGCUUUCCUCCAAGCGCGAAUCAAAGAGCAAGACCGUGAUGCGCUAAGAUUUCAUUGGUUGAAGGACCCAAGCAGUCAAACAGUGGAGACGCUGAGGUUUACUAGAGCCCUCUUCGGUCUUACAUCAUCGCCGUUCCUCCUGGGAGGCGUAAUUCAACACCUGCUGGAGAGUUGCAGACAAAACUACCCGGACAUUGUCAGCGAAAUUGAACGAAGCUUAUACGUAAACGACCUGAUCAGUGGUGGCCCUACAAGUCAAAAGGCAAAAGAGAUCAAAUCAGCUUCUCAGAACGUAUUCACCAAGGGCACCUUCGAGUUGCAUAAAUGGCAUUCGAAUGUGAAAGAGUCGGAAUCAGCCGCGUCAGAACCAGUUUCGAUCGAGGAAGGAACGUACGCAAAAGAGCAGUUAAACGUAUCCGGAAGACAAGGAGCUACCCUGCUUGGUUUACCAUGGGACAAAGAAAACGAUACUGUCGGCGUGAGUUUUCCACAAGAGAAGGCUGAUCCUAGCAAGCGGGGAGUUUUAAGCAAACUGGCAAGGAUCUAUGACCCACUGGGACUGGCCUCUCCCAUCUCAUUGGGGGAGGGUAGGAGGCAUGAUGCAGGGAUGUUGCACGAUUCUGGGCUACUUUACAACCUGGAACCCUAUGCCUACUCAGCAACAGGGCUACCAAUGUGUUUGUAUGGCGACCCUGCUUACCCCCUAAGAGUCCAUCUUCAGGGGCCAUUCCGGAACCCCCACCUUACUCCCUUGAUGGAAGCAUACAACAGUUCAAUGAGUUCAGUAAGGGUGUCUGUAGAGUGGUUAUUUGGAGAUAUCAUAGAAUAUUUCAAGUUCAUAGAUUUCAAAAAGAAUCUCAAGAUAAGAAUGAGCAGCAUUAGAAAGAUGUACAUUGUUUGUGCACUUCUGCAAAAUGCUUUGAGUUGCUUGUAUGGCGACAAUACUGCAACAUUUUUUGACCUUGAGCCUCCCACCCUGCAAGACUAUUUUACAUAG